UUGCGGUUGGCAGUUAAUGGAGCUGGCGUCAGGACGGAGCUGGCGGAGUAUUGUUGUCGUUAGUUGCAGUUUAACCUCGCUCCUGACAUGCUGGCAGGCGAGCCCAAUCCGAAUCCGAAAUUGCCAUAGCAAUCCUGUUCCUGCCGUGACUCGUGACAAAUAGCGCAAAAAACUAAAAUUCAUAAACAUUCACCUGUCAGUGGUUGGAGCACAGACACACACACACACCGAAUAGCGCCCCGUUUACCUUGACUUGUGUGUCACACGUAAAUAGGAAUUUAACUCAAUUUUUAUUACAUUAUCCUGGCUUCGUGUCAGUUGUUUUUCGGCUACUACUUCCUUCGCGUUCAGUCGUCGGUGAAUCGCAGACAUGGCAGAUGAGGCUGAAGGAGGCAAGGAGGGCGAGAAGAAAAUCGUACACGUAUAUCCUCUAGUGAAGCACUCGGAUAUGAACGAGGAGAUGCGUAUCGAGGCCAUCGAACUGACCAUCAUGGCUUGCGAGAAAUAUUCAUCAAAUUAUGAGCACGCCGCCAAAGUCAUCAAAGAAACCAUGGACAAAAAGUUCGGAAUCUAUUGGCAUGUGGUGGUUGGCGAAGGAUUCGGUUUCGAGGUCUCGUACGAAACCCAGAACAUACUAUACCUGUUCUUCGCCGGGAAUUUGGCCAUCGUGCUGUGGAAGUGUUCCUGAAAGCGGGUCACCAAACAAUCAACAGUACCUAGAAACCACAACCGAACCACAGAAAACUCCAACCCAAGUAACAAGAAUUCUAGCAUUAACUUUAGUCAUAUAUUAAACUUACCGUUAACGAACGUUAUAACUGCCAGUCGUGGUGCAGGUUGAUAAAUGAAGCAAUCAAUUCCAUGGCAACAA